AUAGACCAAUAGUUUAAGACACCUCCAUAAGGCCAUAAUAGGGUAUUUCUCAUAAGAACCACAACACUUGUUGAAGCCACCAACUUCAACAUUAUCUGGACCGUUAAAUCAAUCAUUCUUUUCAUCGGAUUUUCCAUACUACUCUCUUUUCCGGUCACCGGCUUCUUCACCUGAAAACUUCCACAAGAGAUAGAGGGUUUCUGAUUCAACGUACGUUUAAAUUUUGCCUUAGACGGUUCAAAACUUCAAAUUGUAGCAGAAGCUUUUAAAGGUAAAUCAAUAUAAAGACCGUUGCUUUCAUUUUACUUUAAACGUUCUUUUAUUUGAAUUAUUUACAUAUUCAGCAAAAACUCAAAGAUAAAAUUUGCAUGCGUUCUUCUUUUAUAUCUGCUUUUUGCUUCUUUUCUUAAAAUAUAUUCUGACUUUAUAGUUCUUUGGUCCUAGAAAUUUCGCUAUCCAUAAACAAAUUCCUGGUUUCAAAUUUCAUAUUCUAAAUUCUCUUGAUAAACGCAUCAAAGCUUAAUAUAAUUACAUUUGUUUUUGUGUUACUUCUUCACAAGAAACAGAUCAAGAACAGAAAGAGAGAGAGUUUUCUUUUUAGCUAGAAAAGAAGAUGGAGAAUGUAUUGAAUCCAGAUGAAAACGGAGAUAGAGUUUAUCAUCAAUCAUCCAUUGACCCAAAUGAUAAUUCAACAUCAGAAACUCCGGUUUCAUUGACGAUGAGCAUGGAUUCUUUUGUUUACCCUCGAACUUGUUCAGAGAGCACUUCAGGCUUCUCAGACCAAAUAGAUGAAACCAGCAGCUCCUGUAGUGAACCUUCUCCUUCUGAUUGGCCUGUCCUCACUGAAUCUAAGAGCUCUAAAUGUCUCACUACUGGUUUAGAACUUCAAACAAAUGAAAUUCGUGAAGCUCAAGAAAUCUCAGAACCAGAACUUGAGACAAUGAAGGAAAGAUUCGCAAAGCUUCUACUUGGAGAAGAUAUGUCAGGAAGUGGUAAAGGAGUUUGUACUGCUGUGACCAUCUCAAAUGCUAUUACCAAUCUUUAUGCUACAGUGUUUGGUCAGAAUCUGAGAUUAGAGCCGUUAGAAACAGAGAAGAGAGCGUUGUGGAAGAGAGAAAUGAAUUGUCUUUUAUCGGUGUGCGAUUACAUAGUUGAGUUCAUUCCUAGAUGUCAGAGUCUAAGCAAUGGAACUACUGUUGAGGUGAUGGAGAGUAGACCAAGAGCAGAUAUCUAUAUCAACUUACCUGCAUUGAGAAAACUAGAUUCCAUGCUUAUGGUACAUCAUCUAAUUAUCCAAAGAUUAAUUCAUAAAAAUUAUGAAUCAAAAGAUCUUCUUCUUCUGAUGAUCUUUGUGUUUUUAUUUUUGAAACAGGAAGUGUUGGAUGGUUUUCAGGACACAGAGUUUUGGUAUGCAGAAGAAGGAAGUCUGUCAAUGAAGUCUGCACGUUCUGCCACUGGAUCCUUCAGGAAAGUUAUAGUACAGAGGAAAGAAGAGAAGUGGUGGUUACCAGUUCCUCUUGUUCCUCCAGAAGGUUUGUCAGACAAAGCAAGAAAACAACUCAAGAACAAGAGGGAGAGUACUAAUCAGAUACACAAAGCUGCAAUGGCUAUCAACAGUAGCAUCCUCAGUGAAAUGGAGAUUCCAGAGUCUUAUAUGGCUACUCUUCCAAAGUGUGGUAAAAGCAGUGUUGGUGAUUCAAUCUACCGCUACAUGAGUGGUUCUGGUCGGUUUUUCCCAGAGAAACUCUUAGAUUGUCUGAACAUAGCAUCUGAGCACGAAGCUGUGCAGUUAGCAGAUAGAGUAGAAGCUUCAAUGUACACAUGGAGACGCAAAGCUUGUCUAAGUAACUCUAAGAACUCAUGGAACAUGGUGAAAGAUCUUAUGUCAACUACCGAGAGAACAGACAAGAACUAUGUAAUGGCAGAGAGAGCAGAAACUCUUCUCUUCUGUUUGAAACAGCGUUACCCAGAGUUGUCUCAGACAUCAUUAGAUAUAUGCAAGAUCCAGUACAAUAAGGAUGUUGGGAAAGCAGUGUUGGAGAGCUAUUCAAGAGUACUUGAAGGUUUAGCUUUUAACAUAGUUGCUUGGAUUGAUGAUGUUCUUUAUGUAGACAAAACCAUGAGCGGUAGUGAAUAAGUUGUUUAACUUUUGACUUGAGUUUUUUUCUGUUUCUUCUUGUCCUUCUAUUCUCAUCUUCUGUAGAUCAGAUAGAUCAAUGUAAAAUCUAUUUUAUAAAAGUUUCCCCACAAAAAAAUAACAUAUAUAUAUAUAUAUACAUAUUAGAUACCACAGGGAGUGAGAAAGAAUAAUUAGCCAAGUUUCCCACCAUCAAACUCAUGUAAGAAGAGAGAAAAAGUGAUUCAAGAAGGAAGCUGCUACAUAUAAAAAGUUCUAAGGGUAAUAUUAUUUAGAAGAUAGACAAUGAUAAUAAUUGAGACAACUAAUUAUCGAAUGAUGAAUCCCUAUUUAUAUACAACAGGGUUCCGAACCAACAUUGGGUCCGGGUGGUGUAAGCAAAAAAAGGGUUAGUUAGUAGUAGUUAAAAUACAAAAGAACUGAAGAAGAAGAAGCCACA